AUAAUUUAUUCAAAUCACGUCCUCACCGAUUCCGGAAAAAACGGUAUUAUGUGGCCGACUAUUUUCUUCGCAUUCGAGGGCUUCCUUUAUUGGUUCCUCGUGUUCAGUAUCGAAUAUAAACUGCGAGCGAGGCUUGUAACGUUCUGCAAAGGACUGAGGCGUACGAAUCGCGUCAUUGAUGCAAAGUACGACAACUGGACCUUAGAAAGCGAUGGUGACUUCACUGGUGAGGAUAGUGACGUGCUAGCGGAGAAAUCGAACGUGAGAGCAAUGGAUAUUCACAGCACUGCAGUUAUAGUGAACGACAUCAAAAAGACAAUUGUGUCAUCUACAAUAUUCAGGUACGGAGAUUUCAACGCUGUGAAAGGUGUGACGUUCCACGUGAGGACCGGCGAAUGCUUUGGACUGCUAGGCGUGAACGGAGCAGGCAAAACCAGCACGUUCCAGAUGUUGACAGGAGAGAACGAUAUAACCGAGGGAGAUGCGUUUGUGAACGGAUGGAGCGUAAAAACUGACUGGAAAAAGGCUGGUGCCAAUAUUGGCUAUUGUCCACAGUUUGAUGCCGUUCUCAAAGAAAUGACUGGAGAAGAGACACUGUACAUGUUUGCACGAAUUCGUGGGAUUCCAAGAAAGGAUAUUCCGGAAAAGGUUAACGCUGUUAUUCAAACAAUCGGUAUCGGAAUGUACGCCAAGCGGCAGAUCAAAGGCUACAGUGGUGGAAAUAAACGACGCUUGUCGCUCGGAAUUGCACUAAUCGGACUACCACCGGUCCUUCUCCUUGACGAGCCAACUACUGGUGUCGAUCCAAAAGCACGGCGAAUCAUCUGGAAUAUUUUUACGAAGGUGAUAUCUAUUCUUACAUAA